AUGUCCGCGGCACAUGGACUCAAGUCGCUUCAGCCGGCGCUGACCCGGGGCGACCGAUGGGGUUCUGUGCCUCGCACGGUCGACGCCUGGCGUCGCGUGGAGGAUGAAGAGCUGAAGGAUCACGCACGGCAACUGCAGGAGAGCUCGGGAGAGGCGACGAUCCACGCCGCGGGUUCCGCGCGACCGAGCGAGCGAGUUCCGGCGAGUUGCGGCGAGUUCCGAGUGACGGAGGCCUUGGAGGUUCAGGCCGACUUGACGGCCUUGCCCUCGCGGAUCUUCGGCGCGGGUCCUGAGUGGGUCCUGAGGGAGUGCGCACGGAGCAGCUUUUCCUUCGAGCCCUUUCGGGACCUCUCGUUGGAGAUCACCGAGGUUGGAAACCAGUUCCACCCGCCACGGGUUGAGGCCACGGACAAUCUGGAGGAUAUGUUAAAGCUUUUCACCGCGCCCGAACGGCUCGACAAGCAGAACUCCUGGAAGUGCCUGGACCGAGUGAUGAUGCAGUGGAGGGGUGGAGGGGGAAAAGGGGAGAAGGAAGCUGAGGCAAGAGAAGGCUUGGAGAGAACGCUGAAGCCAGGAAGUCCAACACCGUGGGAGCGGUCUCGCACCGCGCGUUCGAUGCAGAACGCCGCGCUGUCUCGCAUCGAGCCGUGCAUCGAGCAGGGAGACCACCGACCGUGCUUCCGCAGGGCUCUCUACGAGGUCUUGACCUUCGAGGUUGUCUUCUCCGAGGUCGGUGACUUCGACUACGACUUUGCUCGUGAUUGGGCCCUGGCUUUCUUCACCUUGGAUAAGUACGGUGACUUCAACAUCCUCUCCAUCGUCUACGGACCGGCUCGGCUCUUGGCUAUGUCCUGGCCUCUGGCCUCGUGCGACUCGCCUGACGAUUUGAUCCGCAAGUUAGCAUCCUCACCAUUGGUGCGGCAGUCACUACCGAACACGGCUGCCAUUUGUGCUCAAUACUUUCAGUUCCGUCGAGCACCUGGUGAACAGAUGGGCUCAUUCCUCAUCCGCGAGACGUUGGGCUACAGCGAGUUCGUUGAGGCGGUCACCAGGCUCUAUGAAGAGCAACAGAGCAUCUCCCAAGAGUCGAAGGACUAUGGCAUUCCACGAGGCAGCGAUGACACCUCCUGCAACGCUGACUCCAGCUGGGCAUGGCAUGCCGAUGACUGGCAUGAAGAUCAUGAAGGGUACCAUCAACUUCAACCAGAAUCACCUGGCCACGAUUCAGGACAGAGAGAAGAAGCUGCUUCGGCGACCGGGCGUUCACCUGACGCUCGUAGCCGACGAUCUGCUGGCGUUUCCGUUCAGCACUCCCAGUCCUUUGGGAUGCCUGAAGCGAUCGAUGAGCUGACCUUUGCCGACAGCUUCAUUAUGGGCGUCCUCCGUGGUUGGAGACUUCCACAAGCAGCUGGCCUUACACAUGAAGAGAAGAGAGACAUCCUCUCAACGACCCAGAACAAGAUAGACUACGACUCCAUUUCGAGGGCACUUCAGACCCUUUGGGAUGACCAACUCCUUGGCCGACACCAGUCAUUUGGAGGACAGCAACUUCAAGCUCAUGUCCAAGAACAAGAUGAUCCUAGUUGGCACGAAGCUCACUGGUCUGAUGCCUGGCCAGAAGAUUGGCACCAGAGCUGGUAUGUAGAACCAGCUCAUGAUGAUGAAGAUUGGUCCUGGCAUGAACAACAUGAUGACUUCGUUCAGGACCUCGCCAACCAUCCAUCGAAUGACAUGGACAUGGACUCCAAGCUUCAUGACAUGAAGCCCAACAAGCUGAGCAUGUUGCAGAGCAAAUGGCUGCAGAGAGAUUGUCCUGACAAACGUCACUCCUUUCAUCCCCGGUAUGGCAAGGGCAAAUCCCACUUCAUGAUGGACCCCUACAUGGAUGAUUUCUAUAGCUACCACAAGGGCUACUCCAAGGGGAAGAAGGGUAAGAAAAGUGCAUUUCUUGGGGAUUUGGAGCAUGAAGACAUGUACUUCAAGGGCAAACUCAACAAGGGCAAGGGACCACCCCGCACUUUUGUCAAUGUGUACUCCCCCGAGCCGACGGGCAUGGAGACUCAGCAGCAAGACCAGGAGCCACUUCCUACCUUCCCCGCCACCACCUUGGGCGACCAUGAGGGCAUGCUAGAUUGCGGUGCCGCAGCGUCCGCAGGACCUGAUGUGGCGGUUCGGGGCCUGAUUCAGGCCGUGCUUUCACAAGACAAAGCCGCGAUCAUUGAGAUCGACAAGUCCGCUCGCCCGUAUUUCAGGUAUGGGAAUGGGAAGUGGGGCCGCGCUUGGUAUCGUGUUCACAUCAGCAGCAUGGCAUCCGGAUCGUUGCGGAAGUUCAGCAUUUAUGCGCUCCCAAAUCCUCCUGAUAUGGCACAGCCGCGGUUCACGAGAGCUAUGUUGGUCCCUAUCUUGGUUGGCAUGGAUCACUUGGGUGACAAUGGAGCUGCAUUAAUGGUGGACUUCAACACGGGUAUGGCCCUCAACACCUUGGAAGAGAACCCCCAACCAUAUCAACUUCGUCGCAACCACAAGGGUCACUGUGUCAUGGACAUCAAGCAGUACCUUACUGGCGGGAACCACAACCAUGCGGGUCAUGCCACCAUCCGUGUCGGUGUGAUUGCCCACAUCAAGUCGAAGACUCCCGCCAAAGCUCCUCUACCAGAUUGGGACUACGACCGGAAGCUCAGUUGGGACACCAUCCAGAUCAAUGGCCAUGCUAUGGAACCCAUGUCCCGGCGACGAAGACCAACAACGCCCAUGCGAUGGGGCAGCAUUGCAGUGUGCAACCUCCGCCUGCUCUAUGUCCCUUGGAAAGGCAGUGCAGCCAACCACAUGCAGAACCAGCACCCGAAGAUGGUGGCCAGGAUGCUCAGCGAGCUUCACACUUUGAUGGAGGGAGCUCGUCCGACAGCAGCCAUAUGCCUGGCCAUGAUGGAAAAG